AUGGCUGCUCGGAGGGGGCUAAGGACUGCCCUACGGGCGGUCCCACAUUUCUUCCCACGCAACUCUUCCGCUGCUGCUGGAACUGCUGCAGCAGCUGCAGCUGCUGCUGCUGCAUCUGCUGCUCCUUUUGCUGCUGCUGCUGCUGGCUCUGCCUCUUCAAUUCGCCUUGCUGCAGCUGCUGCUACUCCAGGCUUCACCCCUCACGCUGCGCCUCUUCAACUGCGCAACUGCAGCAGCAACUGCAGCAGCAACUGCAGCAGCAACUGCAGCAGCAACUCCAGCAGCAACUCCAGCAGCAACUGCAGCAGCAACUGCACCUUCUUCGGCAGCACGCGCAGCUGCUUGGUGCUGCAGCAAGCAGGAAGAGCCUCUCAAGGCCUCCGGCCUUCCUCUCUGCGCAGCCACUGCUCAGCCGCCGCCGGCAGCUCUGCUGCUGCUGCUGCUGCUGCUGCUGCUGCUCCGCAGCAGCAGCUCUCUCGCACCGGCCCGCAGCAGCCUGCGGAGUCUUCCGCAGCGGCAGCGCCGAGCCCCCCCACGGACGCGGGGCGAACUGCAGCAGCAGCAGCAGCAGCAGCAGCAGCAGCGCAGCAGGAGGGCGCAGCAGCAACGAGCGCGCAGCAGCAGCUGGCGCAGCGGGCUGCGGAGAGCCAGCGGCUGUGGGACUUGCUGCUGCCGGAGCGGAACUUGAGCUGCUGCUCCCCAGCCUUCUGGCUGCUGCUUGCUGCUGUGCUGCUGCUGCACUUCUACAACAACAAGAAGGAGCAGCAGCAGGCGCAGCUCGGCGAAGUCCUCUCCGCAGAAGAAGCCAAACAGCGAAUGCUUGCGCAGGCAGCGCGCCUCCGCAGGCAGCAGCAGCAGCAGCAGCAGCAGCAACAGCAGCAGCAGCAGCAGCAGCAGCAGCAGCAGCAGCAGUGUCAGCAGCAGCAGCAGUAG